CUGUCUCACUGAGUUUGCUUACAAAUUAAUCCGUAAAUUCAAUUAAUCAACAACUGAUGGUUGAGCUUGUGGUUCGGCGUGCUGGAAGAGCGUGAAUGUGUUAAUUCAACAUAUGACAAAGGAAGUGUUUCGGAAUGCCAGGAAUGACGAGGUCACUUGGCUCGCUCCCAAACGGACGUGACAAAUGCUCAAAUUCGUCCCAAUCGAUGGUUUAUAGUGUGGGAUUGCCUUUAUUUGGCAUGCAGAAAAGUUUCUCUAACUGUUUCCAUGUUUUGCCAGUUGCGUUUUGCUGUUGGACUCUGUCGAUGAGUGAUGGGCCGCUCCCAUCUGAAACAUUGCCGCUUUGGGCGGAAAGCCAAGAUAUAAAACAACAUGUCGCAUAACGUGACGGUUACCCGGACGACCACUACCGUGACCACCACCUCGGCUAUCCUACUGAACACGGGCUAUUUAAAGACGACGGCCGGAAUCCUCAAACUCCUGCAACUGAUUCUGGGGUGCGUCAUCGUUGGAUUAGUCGGCCACUAUUUCGUCCGAAGUAGUCCAUUGUUUUUUACGGCUGAACUAUUUCUGUUAUUGAUCGCUACAACAUGUUUGAUCACGACGACUUGCCUUCUGGCCAGCUGCCUCCUCUCCAUUUCGACGGCCACCAUUAUCGCCAAAACCAUGUUUGUCAGCAUGCUUCUCAUUCCCGAAAGUGUCCUCUACCUGUGUGCCACUAUUUACCACUUGGUGGUUAUCAUUUCUCGCAAUGCCGGAUACUCCGUUGCGGAGUACGGCUACAGCAAUAAGAUAUUUGCCGGGGCAUUGGGCGCCAUCAACACGGGCUUGUACUUUGUGAGUGCACUCUUGGCUUUCCGCAUUUACAGACGUUCAUAAACAACGCCCAAACAAAACCACCGCGAGCUUGAAAAAGUGAAUUUUUGAAAUCUCAAACUUCUCCUUAUACGUGUUCUAAUUUAUUGGAGUCGUGACAUCAUUGAUGGUCGCUUUCUAGUUAUUCAUUUUUGAUUUUGAACUCGAUCGUGGCUUCGAAAGGCAAGUCAUUGAUUAAGGUACCAUUUCGUCAUAUUCCAGUGAAUCAAAUCACAUGGUCUUAUUAACUUGGGAAGUUGCUAUACAAAGGCAGUGUUUAACAACAAUGUGCUUGCAGUAAUUCGUUCUUAUUAUUUCAUUUCAAACUGCGACAGUAACAAACUGAAUUUAGAGAGCUUAGUUCAUCAUAUUGCAUGUAUUAUUUUAUUGGCAUAACUUGAGGCAUCUGGGAAAACCUUGCUGGUAAAAUCAAAUUGCAUUCUGUCUGGAGCAGGAGUUGUUGCGGAUUGUCAAAAUCCGUCAGAAGAUAGGGUCUAAAUUUGUAAGGCCCGUUACACUAUUAUUUUUGACUUGUAAACUAUGCUGCAAUUGUAAAAUUCGUGUAAGCCGCAAGGGGCGUUGCCAAGCAGAGCCUUCUUGGUGGCCGAUAUGGGCAAUAGCCGUUGUUCGAAUUUUUCCCCCUGUAGAAGCAGACGCCAUUAUUGUGUCAAAAGUCAGUUGAAUAAAUCAGUGAUAGAACCUG